GGACUCGAAUCAAGUGUGACACCGCCCGCGAAACAUUAGGAGUACAUUCGCAUCCACGCAGAUAUCCCCGAGUACCGCAAAAGGCCCGAUACUGCGCCAUCCGGUUCCGAUGUACAGCUGGCUACCCAUUCACUCCGGGCCGAAUCAGGAUCAUCCUUUGCCCCUUCUCGACCCAUCCUCCAGACUGGCAGAAACAAAUGGAGUUGUUUCUUCCCCUCUAUAUACACAUGCACUUGCCAAUAAGCAUCCAGACUUCACACAUCUCAUCACCCACCAAUUAGUGCAACAAAUGUUGGUACGCACUCAGUUUGUCUCCAGCGCUGCUUGGGCGAUCCCUUCUCCCCAACAACUGUACGAGAUGCUUCACGGAGGCGCCACACCAGACGAUAGACCUCAGUGCAGUGACAGGUACUCGAGACCAACAAACGUGAGAAACCAACCCCCUCAGAUUUCGCCAACAAUCCACGACUUGUCGCUCAAUCGAACCUCGGACAAACUGGAAGCCCCAUCGGAACUAAAUCAAUCGGACCCGGGCACCUUUGGCACGCUUCCCAGUCCCUCGACAAAUUCCAGUCCAACGGAACCACCUCCCGGGAACAACACUGCAUGCCAAACACCCACUGAAGUUCGGCGACGGCAGCCAAUCGGAGACGACCGACGUUUUCAACUUCACAAACCUUGUUCAAAUCCCCAAGACUUUCCACCCAUCUCGAAUUCGCUGGCAAAUGGGGAAGCACUUCCAAGCUCAUCUACCUGUCGCCUUGAGACAGUUUUGCCAACAAAUCAAUCUGCGCACCCAUCUGCACAGACGUUCGCUCAGUUAUCUCAACAGUCUCCCAAUGGUCGAAACUGCCACUCCAAGAGGAUGGUGGCUAAUGAAUUGAGCCCUGCGUCUUCUGAUCCCACACACUGGCAGAGUUUACAUAGAUUCUACAUGUAUUUCAUGCAGACACAGUACCGUGCUCAGUACCAAGCAUGGCUGCAUAUGUUGUCCAAUGACACCACUUCCCUCGGAAUGCAUCAAGAGUCACCAGGGAAGCAUAACGUAAGUCCUCCGGACGUUGCUUGGCUUCACAGCACGACAUCUAUCAAACCAGCCACCCGUGAGUCUCCAACCAGAUCCACGCAUCAUGGUAAAGUGAAAGGAAAGUUCAGUGGCGAACUGACGGAAAUGAUCCAGUCGUUUGAUGUCUCAAAGGCUGCCGAUUCCGAUACGUACACCUCCAUAUCAACACCGCAAUCAAGUGAUGUCAAACCGGAGCCCGCAGUAGGCCGAAUUUAUUCGUGUAAAUUAUGUAGCAAAGUGUACUCCCAAGCGUCGGCAUUAAAGAUGCAUGUACGGACGCACACAUUGCCUUGCAGAUGUAUACAAUGCGGCAAAUCUUUUUCGCGCAAGUGGCUCCUAAAGGGCCACGAACGAACGCACACGGGUGAGCGCCCAUACGCGUGUUCCGUGUGUAGCCGCUCGUUCGCCGACCGAUCGAACCUCCGUGCCCACAUGCAAACACACCAACGAGAGAAGCGGUACGGAUGUCCGCAUUGUCCUCGAUCGUUUUCGCGAAUGGGCUUACUGAGCAAGCAUCUGGCGCAGUGUGCCAGUAGAGACUCCGACGUCGGUCAUUCAAAAAUCAUUCCCGGUAGUGUACGUUCACAAACCAUGGAGAAUUGCAGCCCACUGUGGCUCCCGCUUAACCGACUGAGUGUCCACCAUCUGUUAAACGUGAGACGUUGUUGAUUAGUGUCACUUGUUCAGAUUCCACUUUCGAGUAGCCGCUACAGGUGGCGGCUCUAUCUUUCAUUUAUUUAUGCAAGAAUCCUAUGUACCUUUCAUUA